CUGUAACUCGGGCCAAUCAGCUCUCAGACCGGAGGGUUUAAACCCUUAUUUAAAAGAAGAACCCUUAAACCGUAACGGCUGAGCUCUCGGUGGACUCGGCGGCUUUGCCCCGGAGGCACCAUGGACACAUGUAAAGAAAAUUGCAUUUCUGGACCUUUUAAGGCCACAGUUCCACCAGGGGAUGGUCCAAAACGUGUUCCAGUGGCUCAGCAUUUUCCCUCGUCUGCAAGCAGUGGCCAGGCUCAGCGGGUCUUGUGUCCUUCAAAUUCCUCCCAGCGAGUUCCUUUCCAAGCACAAAAGCUUGUCUCCAGUCAGAAGCCUGUGCAGAAGCAGUCGCAGUCGGCCACCAUUGCUCGGCCUGUCUCCCGGCCCCCGAGUAACCCCCAGAAGAAGGAGCAGCCCCAGCCACCAGCCUCUGGAAAUAAUCCUGAAAAGGAAGUGGCCUCAAAAGAGAAAAAUGAAGACUCAAAAAAAAGGCAAUGGACUUUGGAAGAUUUUGACAUUGGCCGUCCACUGGGUAAAGGAAAGUUUGGUAAUGUUUAUUUGGCAAGAGAAAAGCAAAGCAAGUUUAUCCUCGCUCUGAAAGUGUUAUUUAAAGCUCAGCUGGAGAAGGCAGGAGUGGAACAUCAGCUCAGACGGGAAGUAGAGAUACAGUCCCACCUCCGGCAUCCUAAUAUUCUCAGGUUGUAUGGCUAUUUCCAUGAUGCCACCCGAGUGUACCUAAUUCUCGAAUAUGCGCCUCUUGGAACAGUCUACAGAGAACUGCAGAAGUUGUCCAAGUUUGAUGAGCAGCGAACUGCUACUUAUAUCACAGAAUUGGCGAAUGCCCUGUCUUACUGUCAUUCCAAGAGGGUUAUUCAUAGAGACAUCAAGCCGGAGAACCUGCUGCUUGGAUCCUCGGGAGAGCUCAAGAUCGCAGACUUCGGGUGGUCGGUCCAUGCUCCGUCCUCCAGGAGAACCACUCUGUGUGGCACACUGGACUACCUGCCCCCGGAGAUGAUCGAGGGCCGCAUGCAUGACGAGAAGGUGGAUCUCUGGAGCCUCGGAGUCCUGUGCUAUGAAUUUUUAACCGGGAAGCCUCCCUUUGAGGCACACACGUACCAAGAGACCUACAGAAGAAUAUCCCGGGUUGAAUACACUUUCCCUGAGUUUGUGACAGAGGGAGCCAGGGACCUCAUUUCUCGGCUGCUAAAGCACAGUGCAAGCCAGCGGCCAACGCUAGGAGAAGUACUUGAACACCCCUGGAUUAUAGCAAACUCGGCAAAACCACCAAAUUGCCAAAACAAAGAAUCGACUGGCAAAUAGUCUCACUGAAGUGUGAGGAGAGCCAAGGCUGAUGUACAAUGUUCUGGAACAUGUACCCAGAUUCCCUUCCGUUUGACCACCUGCCGUCACUGGAGCACUGCGGGACGGUGCUCGUCCAGCCAGUCAGGCCGUGCCUCCCCGCGCUGUGCUCCACAAAUGCGCUGCUCGUGGCCACAAGGAUCCUGCUGCUCUCACUGGUUUCAUGAUCUGGAGUCGGGCUCCCCUUCGCCAUCCCCACCGAUGGCCGGCCGAUGCCCUUGGGGGACGCCAGUUCUGUCAGCCCAGUGCCAAGGGAAAGGCACCACUCUGCCUGGCUCAGCCUUGCAGUGCCUGUGCGCGUGUGUAACUUAUUGGGUGGUCCAGCCCGGGAAAGGUGUUGGAGUGAGGAUGUGCUUCCUUUUAAAUGUUAAAAUAAAGAUUUGUGUGUGGACUCUGAUUUUCCCCUCCAUGGCUGUUCCCAUUGGCCAUCUCCUUGCUCCCUCAGCCUGGCUGGGUUUCUGGUUCUUCUCAGCCAUGGUGAAAUGGAACAUGCUCUCUACGUCUGUCUAAGGCCUCUUCUAUUACCCUGAAGUUAUGGCAUGCAUGUGAAGUUAUUAAAUAUACACAUUGCCUGAAGUACUGGCUGAUGAACACUUGUUCACUGUUGGCUUGGUGCAGUCAGCCCUGCUCUGCCCUGCACCGCGUGGCCUGGAGUGUCGAGUUAGAGGGAGGCGGGCUUUUGAGGCCGACUCAGCUCAAGUAGGUAUAAAAAGAAACUUCUGCAUCUAAGGAACAAACUAGCCAGCCUUGAAAACAAUAAAACCUCAAAGGCUCAAAGGUCAGCUAUCUCCUUGGUGCAAGCCAACUGGUUUCUAG